UGCUGCCCUUCUCACUUCGUUCCCACGGAUCGAAAAGAAAAAGGUGGCACGGAUGGGAAUUUCCCUUGCUUUUGUCGUGCGCCUCCAUAGACUGCAUGCGUCCAAGGCGCAACCCCUUCUCGCAGCCACAGUCCAUCGUCGACCGCAGCCGCCAGCCGUCAGCUACAGCUACAGCCCGCCCCAGAAUGUAGUCAAGGUGCCACUGUCUUGUGAUUUGUUUCUUUCUCAGCCCAAAUGCCAAGGAAAAUGAAUCGAACUGCCUUGCUGCCGACCGUGCUUUGAGACAUUUUGGGGUCAAGAUCCGGCUUUUCCUCGAUGAGAGUCUUUGAUCUUUAUCUUUAUAAGGGAUGGCUAGUCCCCCCGCGAGCCCCUAACCCCCCGCGAGCCUUACACACCCUCACACGUCGCACAACUCAAGGGAGAGAAGACCCCUAGACCCGAGUCUUUGGAGAGACAGGAGAAGAGAGAGACAGAAAGAGAGAAAGCAAGAGACAUACACGCCCAUAAACCAAAUAUCACGAAGCUUUUCCUGAGCGCGGGUCGCGCGUUCCGUCCAAACGCUCAACAUGGAUCCUUUACCACAGCUAUCGCCCGAGCAGUUGCAGGAGGAUAAGUCGCCCCUGGUUCUGGGAGUGAUAUCAAUGUGCCUCUUCAUAUCGACGGGCAUAUUGAUCCUGCGCCUCUGGACCCGCUUCCACAUUGUCAAGAGAAUUGGUAUCGACGACUGGGCUGCCGCUUUCUCGUUGAUAUCGGUAUUAGGCGUCGGUCUUUCGCAGGCAGUGAUGACGCGGUAUGGCCUCGGGAAACACCAACAGACGGUUGCGCCGGAAGAGAUGAUUGGAUUCAUGAAAUGCUUUUGGGUCUCUGUGCUCUUCUACAGCCUGGGCCACUUGUCAUUCAAGAUGGCAUUCUUGCUCCAGUACUACCGCGUACUGGUGACUCACUACAUGAAGAAGUACUACAUCGCAGCCAUGAUCUUUGUAGGGCUUUGGGGGCUUAGCGUUGUGAUCAUCUCAUUCAUAUGGUGCAUUCCUCUCGAGGGUUUUUGGGACCACUCAGUCCCGGCAAAGUGUCUUCCUCAGCAAGUCCUAUUUUACCUCUUCGGGGCCUGCAGUAUCGCAACGGACGUUCUCAUCUUCCUUCUGCCGCUGCCAGCGCUGAUCCAGCUCAAACUUCCGAGGACUCAAAAGCUGUACCUGCUUGGCAUCUUCAGUCUUGGAUUCCUUAUCGUUGGGAUUUCCGUCUUGCGCCUCCAAUUCCUGAAGAUCAACCCAGACUUCACCUACUGGAACGUGGAGCCCGCCAUGUGGUCCCUCGGCGAGCUUUCAGCGGCAAUGGUAUGCCUUUGCCUGCCUCCUCUCAAAGCCCUCGCAGCCCGCAUGGGCCUGCUUGUCACCAGGACGGGGACUUCGAGGACUGUUCCCUCGACGGUCGACCGACACAGCCGUGGCCCGGCGUCCAACGCGCCGCUCUCGCCCAUUCCCAAGGCGGUCGAGACAUACACGACAAACUCUCCGAGCGAGAAGCCCGGCAGCUUUGGUAACUACGUGGCGGAGACGGAGCGCAGCGAAGAAGAAGUGACGCGGCCGAGCCCGGCGCACAUGGUAUAACAAUGUACAACAACAUGGGACACUUGGGACCUACGAUUUUUAUGAGAUAAUGCAUUCUGGAAGGCGCCAUCAACAAAUUGGGGUUAUCUCUUCCGGGACUGGCUGAAAUUUGGGUAAAUGUAGCAUUGGGAGUUUGGGCACAUCAGGAUACCACCAGACCACGAGUCACAACAGACAUUGAUAGUAAUAAUACCACGAA